AGUCGCAUUCACCUUCACCAGCAGAUUUUCUACGAAGAAAAGGACAUUAUCAGAAGCGUUUUCAGAGUCAACAAGCUUUUUUAAAAGAUGCAGAUCUUUGUCAAAACACUCACUGGUAAGACCAUCACCCUUGAGGUUGAGCCAAGCGACACCAUUGAGAACGUCAAGGCAAAGGUCCAGGACAAAGAAGGCAUUCCCCCUGACCAGCAGAGGUUGAUCUUUGCCGGCAAACAGCUGGAAGAUGGCCGCACAUUGUCUGACUACAACAUCCAGAAAGAGUCCACCUUGCAUCUUGUGCUGCGUCUCAGGGGAGGCAUGCAGAUCUUCGUCAAGACCUUGACAGGCAAGACCAUCACCCUUGAGGUUGAGCCAAGCGACACCAUUGAGAACGUCAAGGCAAAGGUCCAGGACAAAGAAGGCAUUCCCCCUGACCAGCAGAGGUUGAUCUUUGCCGGCAAACAGCUGGAAGAUGGCCGCACACUGUCUGACUACAACAUCCAGAAAGAGUCCACCUUGCAUCUUGUGCUGCGUCUCAGGGGAGGCAUGCAGAUCUUCGUCAAGACCUUGACAGGCAAGACCAUCACCCUUGAGGUUGAGCCAAGCGACACAAUUGAGAACGUCAAGGCUAAGAUCCAGGACAAAGAAGGCAUUCCCCCUGACCAGCAGAGGUUGAUCUUUGCCGGCAAACAGCUGGAAGAUGGCCGCACAUUGUCUGACUACAACAUCCAGAAAGAGUCCACCUUGCAUCUGGUGUUGCGUCUCAGGGGAGGUUCAGAUAUUUAAACUGACAAUAUCAGGGAUGGACAUUUGAUUAUUUCAGUAUCCCCUGCUCAUGCACUCACCACUUUUCUCCCCUCUUCUCUCCAUACUUUAUUACUGAAUCCCAAUACAUUUUG